AUGUGGUUUGGAAAGCUUUCGUUUUUGCUCCAGUUAUUCGUUAUAUCUUCUCUGUUUCAAGUUCCCGCCUUUGCAAUAAAAAAGUCGUAUAUAGUGUACCUGGGAUCGCAUGCACAUGCUCCACAAGUCUCAGAAGCUGAUCUUCAUCGCGUCACUCAUUCUCAUCAUGAAUUCCUCGGAUCAUUCCUCGGAAGUACCGAGAAAGCGAAAGAAGCAAUUAUUUACUCGUACAAAAGACAUAUCAAUGGUUUUGCUACCACCCUUGAAGAGGAAGAGGCGGCUCAAAUCGCAAAGCAUCCAAAAGUUGUGUCGGUUUUCUUAAACCGAGGAAGAAAAUUGCACACUACUCACUCAUGGGACUUUAUGUUGCUUGAAAAGGACGGAGUAAUCCACCCCAGUUCCUUGUGGAAAAAGGCCAGAUUUGGUGAAGAUACAAUCAUUGGGAAUCUUGACACUGGUGUUUGGCCCGAAUCAGAGAGCUUUAGAGACAAAGGGAUUGGACCCGUUCCAUCAAAGUGGAAAGGAAUCUGCCAGAAUCACACUGCCGGAUUUGUUUGCAACAGGAAGCUUAUAGGCACAAGGUACUUCAACAAAGGAUAUGCUGCAUAUGCAGGGGUACCAGUCAAGUCCUCCUUAAACAGUGCGCGAGACCAUGAAGGUCAUGGUUCUCACACUUUAUCCACUGCAGGUGGCAACUUUGUUCCUGGAGCCAAUGUGUUUGGUCUGGGGAAUGGAACUGCCAAAGGUGGCUCUCCAAAAGCCCGUGUUGCUGCUUACAAAGUUUGCUGGCCACCCAUCAAUGGCAGUGAAUGCUUUGAUGCUGAUAUCAUGGCAGCCUUUGAUGCAGCCAUACAUGAUGGGGUUGAUGUGCUUUCAAUCUCGCUUGGUGGAGACCCUUCCGAUUACUUUAGUGAUGGCGUUUCCAUUGGUGCAUUCCAUGCUGUCAAGAAUGGUAUCGUUGUUGUAUGCUCUGCAGGAAACUCUGGUCCUGCUGCUGGAACUGUCUCAAAUGUUGCACCUUGGAUGAUAACCGUGGGAGCAAGUACUUUGGAUCGAGAGUUUGAAACUAUGAUUGAACUCCGAAAUGGGAUGCGUCUCAAGGGAACGAGCCUUUCAAAGCCUUUACCAGAUGACAUAUUUUAUCCACUUAUAACCGGUGCACAAGCUAAAGCAGAUAAUGCUUCUGCUAAGGAUGCCAUGCUUUGUUUAGGAGGAUCGUUGGACCCAAAGAAGGUGAAGGGUAAGAUUUUGGCCUGUCUUAGGGGACUAAGUGCAAGAGUAGACAAGGGUCAACAAGCAUCACUAGCUGGAGCAGCAGGGAUGAUUCUUUGCAAUGAUGAGGCCAGUGGCAAUGAACUCAUCGCUGAUCCUCACGUAUUACCAGCAUCCCAAAUCAAUUAUACAGAUGGCAUUGCGGUCUUUAACUACAUCAAUUCUACAGACGAUCCACUUGGAUUUAUAACGCCCCCAACUGCAAAGCUGAACACAAAACCUGCUCCAUUCAUGGCUUCAUUCUCCUCUCAGGGCCCCAACACUAUCACUCCUGAGAUCCUCAAGCCUGAUAUCACCGCUCCUGGUGUAAAUAUCAUAGCUGCCUACACCCAAGCAACCAGCCCUACAGAUCAAGACUUUGAUAAGCGCAGGGUUCCGUUUACACAAUCUGGCACCUCCAUGUCUUGCCCUCAUGUUUCUGGAGUCGUAGGACUUCUCAAGACACUCUACCCUCACUGGAGUCCAUCUGCAAUUAGAUCAGCAAUCAUGACAACCGCAAGAACGAGGGACAACACUGUGAAUCCAAUGAUGAGUGCAUCAUUUGUUGAGGCAACGCCAUUCAGCUAUGGCUCUGGCCAUAUACGACCAAAUCGUGCCAUGGAUCCUGGCCUGAUCUAUGACCUAACUGCCAAUGAUUACUUGGACUUUCUUUGUGCCAUUGGCUAUAACAAGACAACGAUUCAACUCUUUUCUGAGGGUCCUAACUACAAAUGCCCCGAGUCAGCCAGUCUUCUGGACUUCAAUUACCCUUCGAUAUCAGUCCCUCGAUUGUCUGGUUCAGUCACUGUGACUAGAAGACUCAAGAAUGUUGGUUCUCCGGGUACCUAUGCAGUCCGUAUUAAACGAGCAAAUGGAAUUUCAGUGAGUGUUGAGCCUAAUGUCUUGAGGUUUAAAAGUGUUGGGGAAGAGAAGAGCUUUAGGGUGACACUGAAAGCGAAGCCUAAGAGAGGUGGAGUAGCUAAGGGGGAUUAUGUAUUUGGAGGGCUUACCUGGUCGGAUGGCAAGCACUACGUCAGGAGUCCAAUCGUAGUUGCCUCAGCAGCUGCUGUUUAG